UUUUACCUUUACGUUCUCGCAUGACCGAUCUGUACGAUCAGCGACAGUCGUUCAACCAAGAUACCAGAUCAUCUGUCCGGGAAGAACGCCCUAAUUUCUUUGUUGCAGCUGUUUAAGAAGUUGUGGGGGUUAAACACUCAUUGUAAAUGGCGGAUCUUAAAGAACACCUGCUCCCUCCAAAACCUCAUUCAGCUAUAAACCUUCGGGAUGCAGCUUAUCGAUCUCCAGCCAGUGGGCGGCAACCUUUUCAGGGUAUGGAUGUUUUGGGGCUGAAGAAGCGGGGCCAAGGCCUUCGAUCUUGGAUUCGUGUUGAUGCAUCUGGGAAUUCCCAAGUCAUUGAGGUUGACAAAUUCACUAUGAUGCGGCGUUGUGAUCUUCCUGCCCGUGAUCUGCGACUGCUUGAUCCCUUAUUUGUUUACCCCUCAACGAUCCUGGGUAGGGAGAAGGCUAUUGUUGUAAACUUGGAGCAAAUUCGUUGUAUUAUCACUGCCGAUGAGGUUCUUUUAUUAAAUUCCCUAGAUAGUUCUGUAUUGCAUUAUGUGGUGGAGCUACAACGUCGAUUGACAACAAAUGCUGCGAGUGAGGUCUGGCAGUCAGAUGCCACUGACUUGAACCAAAGGAGGGGAAGUAGAAAUUUGGAAAAUGUUGUGUUUGGGAGCCCAUCACCAGACUAUUUGCCAUUUGAGUUUAGGGCCCUUGAAGUUGCCUUGGAGGCUGCUUGUACAUUUCUUGAUUCUCAGGCAGCAGAACUAGAAAUUGAAGCAUAUCCGUUACUAGAUGAACUUACAUCAAAGAUCAGUACACUCAAUUUGGAACGAGCACGUAGAUUGAAAAGCAGGCUUGUUGCGUUGACUCGAAGAGUGCAGAAGGUUAGAGAUGAAAUAGAGCAACUCAUGGAUGAUGAUGGAGAUAUGGCUGAAAUGUAUCUUACGGAGAAGAAAAAAGGAGAAACAUCAUUUUGUGGUGAUCUGUCAUUGAUGGGAUACAGAUCAACAGACUGUACAUCUGUUUCUGCUCCUGUGUCUCCUUUUUCUUCACCCCGUGAAGCCCGGAAACUUGAGAAAAGCUUGAGCAUUGUAAGGAGCAGACACGAGAGCAUGAGGAGUUCUGAGAGUGCCACAGAAAGUAUAGAAGAGCUUGAGAUGUUGUUGGAAGCAUAUUUUGUUGUCAUUGAUAGCACCCUAAACAAGUUGACAUCGUUGAAGGAGUACAUCGAUGACACAGAAGAUUUCAUCAAUAUUCAGCUGGAUAACGUUCGAAAUCAGCUGAUCCAAUUUGAGCUGCUGCUCACGACUGCUACAUUUGUUGUUGCGAUCUUUGGGGUGGUGGCAGGGAUCUUUGGCAUGAAUUUUUCAAUAUCCUUAUUCGAUGACACUAGUGCAUUUAAGUGGGUACUUGUAAUCACAGGAAUUAUUGGGGUUGUGAUAUUCAGCGCAUUCGUGUGGUUCUUCAAGCACAGAAGGCUAAUGCAACUGUAAAUUUGACACGACCGCAACUAGGAAAGUACAGAGGAGAAAGUCAUUAUUGUUUUACCUUUGUACUCUAGAAGCUAUUAUAGUAGAUAUUAUCUCUAUUUUAGAGCAAUUCUUUUGAGUCAAUAUAGGUUCAAUUGUAAGAAAUUUUGUUAGAAUGUCCAUUAAUUGUAUAUUAUGGCGAGGAACGUCCUUAUCAAUCAAA